AUGUUACCGGCGAUGGCUAAAAUACAAUUCUUUGCUUUUAUUUUAUUAUAUGUUGCUUCUAAUUGCAUUAGUGUAAAUGUUGAUAAUAUUUCUAGUGAUGUAAGAAUUAAAAAUGUUGAUAGAUCGAUCGAUAUAUCUUCACAGCUCGUGAAAAUAUCAUCUAAAAUAACCUUUGAAAAUGCAGGAAAAGUGCCGGUGAAACAAUUUCUUUUAGCCGUAGAAGGUGCAGCUAAAAACAACUUGGCUUUUAUUGGUGCCAGAGAUAGCAAUAAUAAAGAUUUGCGGCUCGUGGAAACAACAGUCAAAGGACACGAUAACGUCAAAUUUUAUCGAGUAGAGUUAAAGGAACCUGUUAAUGCUGCAGCCAGUGUAGUCAUUACGUCUGAUGCAGUGUUCUCUAAAGCAUUGUUACCACACCCAACAGCAAUAACUCAGCAAGAAGACCAACUAGUCAAAUACAACAGUAAUUUGUACUUUUAUACACCAUAUAAAGUUCUAACACAGAAAACGACGGUCGUAUUAAAUACUAAGUCAGUGGAAUCAUUCACAAAAGUUAAGCCUUUCUCCCAACAAGACGGCAAUAUCAACUAUGGCCCGUACUCAAACAUUGAGCCAUUUACAGAGAAAGAACUUAGUCUCCAUUACAAGAAUAACUCCCCGUUCCUUACUGUGACUCGUUUGGAGCGUCUUAUUGAAGUAUCUCAUUGGGGUAACAUUGCUAUUGAAGAAAUCAUUGAAAUUGAACAUAGCGGUGCAAAGUUGAAAGGCCCAUUUUCAAGGUAUGACUAUCAACAAGAUCACCACAGUGGACCCGCAAGUGUAAGGUCUUAUAAGACCCUACUACCAGCUUCAGCUUCUGAUGUAUAUUACCGUGACACUAACGGUAACAUCUCAACAUCCAACAUGAAAGUCAAGAAAGAUUCAGUUGAAUUGGACCUAAGGCCUCGAUACCCUCUAUUUGGUGGCUGGAGAUCGCACUACACUCUAGGUUACAAUGUUCCCAGCUAUGAAUACCUCUACCACUCCGGAAACGAAUACUUACUGAAGAUGAGAGCAGUCGAUCAUGUUUUCGAUGAUAUGCAAAUAGACGAACUCGUCACAAAAAUUAUAUUACCCGAAGGCUCAACAAAUAUUAAAAUUAAUUUUCCAUUCGCCGUCACAAGACUGCCUGAUAGUCUGCACUACACAUAUCUAGAUACGAAGGGUCGUCCAGUGAUUACAUUCAAAAAGAGCAAUGUCGUCGAAAAUCACAUACAAGAUUUUCAACUUCGUUACACAUUCCCGAGAAUCCUGAUGUUACAAGAGCCUUUAUUAGUCGUUGGCUUCCUAUAUGCAUUAUUCCUGUGUGUUAUAGUCUAUGUAAGACUAGAUUUCUCCAUUCAUAAGCCUGAACAUCUAAAAGAGUAA